ACAACAUAAUGGUUCGGACGUGGCGUUCGUCUACGCAAAGCCUCGGUAGCUACCCGUUUAUGUUAAUUGACCACAUCAUUAAGGUGGGAGAUUCUUCAGAUGGUCGCAUAGAGAGAGGCGACGAAUCAAUAGGUGAAAAAGAAGUUUUGAUUAAGGACCCGAAACUCGCUGAAGUUGUUCGUAGAACAAUGAAUAUCAAAUUUAACCAAAGGGGACGAGAUAUUCACAUGGUGGAGAAGACAGAGUAUACACUCCCCAAGUUUAUUGAUAAUGUUCAUCUCUACAUGGAAUACAUAUCAUCUCGAAACAUAACCAAGAAUUUUUACUUUCCACCUCUUCCUAAAGGUUCUCAAGUCCAAAACAUAGCGAUGUCCUCUUGUCCUGACAUAAACAAUGAAGAUUGGGUUAUGGCUGUCAAGUUUUCAGGAUCUAAGUUGAAGCUUUAUAGACAUAACAAAGACUUUCGGUGGAUCGAUAUCGAAACCACUCAUGAGUCUAUAAGUCCUCAUUCGAGUCUCAUGUAUUCUAAGAAAGAUCAAAGGUUCUACGUUCCAACUCCUGGAUGCAAUUACUUGUGCUCCUUUGAUCUCAACUUCAAGGAGAAGGAUAAGCUCGAGUUUGUCGAGCUGCGAAAAAAAGAUCUUCCUAAGUAUGAGUUGUUCGAGUUGAUGGAGAUGAAUUCCUUUACCAGGACAGACCACAUGGUGGAGUCACCCUCCGGUGAACACUUCCUUAUUACAUGGUACUAUGGCGACGAGUUUGAACUUUACAAAGAGUUAACAGUCAUUCACAAAACAAAGUCGUUCAAGGUGUUUAGAGAGGAUGAACAGUUAACCGAUAGAAAAACAAAAUUCAUGUCUUACACCGAAAACAUUGGAGAUCUUUGUAUUUUUCUUGGACAUGGUGAAGCUUCAUGUGUCCCAGCGAGCACUAUUCCUGGUCUUAAGCCUAAUUGCAUCUAUUUCAGGGGACAUAACUAUGGUGUUUUCGAUAUCACCACCCAAACUUGCACUGUCUUCACCAACGAUGAAGGUUUAUUAAGCUCCACUCAAUUUCCUUCUUGGCCUCAUCCACUUUCGCUCACUCCUAAUUAAUAUGAUGUCAUGUUGUAUUUUUUUUUAUAUGCUUUAUUUGAAAGAACACUUUUUAC